GUACAGAUAGAUUAUGGCAUUCAUCCUCUUCGGUCAUAUUCGUUCGAGCUCGAGUAAUAAAGAUUUAUCGUUACCAGUUAUAAGAAAAGUGUCGAUCCUCUUAUUAAAUGUCGUUACCUCUUAUAUCAUCAUAUGACAAGCCAGUACGUGAAUUUAGAGCUUAAGUGUUUAAGAAAUAUAGCAAUAAUGUCCGCGGGUAUCACGCACACGGAAAGAGAAUUAGAUUUGAGUAAUGCUGGUCGUGGUGUGUGGCUUGUUAAAGUGCCUAAGUAUAUAGCUAAUAAAUGGGAAAAGGCGCCUGGUAAUAUAGAAGUCGGCAAAUUGAAGAUCACCAAAAAUCCUGGACAAAAAGCUGAAGUAUCUCUUAAACUAUCAGAAGCUGUUUUAGCAUUGAAAGAAUCUGGAGAAGGAGAAAUACCGAAACAACAUAGGCUAGAUGUUACAACAGUUACUAGACAAAUGUUAGGAGUGUUUUCUCAUGUUGCCCCUUCCACAAGCUCAGAUGCGAUUGUCCCAGAAACAGAAAAACUUUUUAUGGAAGGAAGGAUUGUACAGAAAUUAGAAUGCAGACCAUAUGCUGAUAAUUGUUAUAUGAAGUUAAAAUUAGAAAGUAUCAAGAGAGCGUCUGUCCCACAAAGACAAGUUCAACAGUUAGAUAGAGUUGUGCAAAAUUUCAAGCCUGUAUCUGAUCAUAAACAUAAUAUCGAAUAUGCUGAAAAGAAAAAAGCAGAAGGAAAGAAAAUGAGAGAUGACAAAGAUGCUGUGCUAGAUAUGCUUUUUGCGGCAUUCGAAAAACAUCAAUAUUACAAUAUAAGGGAUCUUGUAAAAAUUACAAGACAACCUAUUGUUUAUCUAAAGGAAAUUCUCAAUGAAGUUUGUAAUUAUAAUUUAAAAAAUCCUCACAGAAACAUGUGGGAAUUAAAACCAGAGUAUCGACAUUAUAAGGAAGAGGAAAAGUCUGCAGAGACAAAGAAAAUAAACAUAGAUAUUUUUUAAUAAUUAUAACAUUCCUUAAAAUAUAAACUAUAUAAAGUUUCCAGUGUGAUGAUAUAAACUUAAUCAUUGUGAUUCUCAUGAUGUUUUUUUAUUUUUGAAAAGAUUAUGUACACUAAUAAUUGAAAAUUUCGACAUGAUUAUCAGAAUGCUUAUUGAAAUUUUGUAAAAAAAAUUCUAGCAAUAUAAGCACUAUUAUAAAUUAGUAAAGAUUUUUACCAUGAGAUAUGUUUCAUUUUCUGCAACUGGAGCCUACCAAGAUAUUAAUAAAAAAGAGACUGACUAAAUAUAA